GGGUGCUUGACAUCGUGUCAAAUUAUUGACUCGUAGCCAGAAUGCACAAUGCAGCGAGUGUGUCAGCCUCUCUGGGGUCUGUGGGACUGCUGCGACUGGUUGGGGUGUCCUGGUCCUGGAGUCUGGCAGCAGGCUUGGGGCUAUAUCUGGGCACAAGAAGUUGGAAAUACUUCUAUGUUGCAGCACGAACUGCCAAGAGAGAUCUCAAUGGCCUGUAUGUGCUGUUGAGAGUGAAGCUGGCCUUAUGGCGUUACAUGCGUAAUGGAAGCAAUAUCCCUUCCAUUUUCGCCCAGACAGUAAAACUCCACCCGAAUAAACCAGCACUGAUCUAUGAGGCCACAGGGGAAACGUGGACCUUUAUCCAGCUGGACGAGUACUCCAAUGCAGUAGCCCACUGGGCAAGAGGUCAAGGAUGGGUUCCUGGAGAUGUGGUGGCUCUCUUUUUGGAAAGCAGGCCCUUGUAUGUGGCACUUUGGCUCGGCUUAGCCAAAGUCGGUGUGGAAGCGGCCCUUAUAAACUUCAGUCUCCGCUGUGAUUCUCUCCUGCACUGCCUUGGCGUAUCAGGGUCACGGGCGAUUGUGUUUGGAGCAGAGCUUGCCGAUGCCAUGUUGGAGAUCAAUUCAUCCGUCAGCCAGACUAUGGUACGGUUUUGUGCCGGAGACCUCAGUGCUGAACAUCUGGCCAGUCUGUGUGCUCAGCCUCUGGAUCCUCUUUUAGCCACUUCAUCUAGACAUGCCCCGACACCUUGUGUACCCCGCAAAGGCAUGAGUGACCGCCUGUUUUACAUUUACACCUCUGGAACCACAGGACUGCCCAAAGCUGCCAUUGUAGUGCACAGUCGGUACUACAGAAUUGCUGCUUUUGGGCAUUUCGCUUUUCGCAUGCGUCCUGAUGACGUUCUCUAUGACUGCCUGCCGCUCUAUCACUCGGCAGGUAAUAUUAUUGGAGUUGGUCAGUGUCUUGUCCAUGGCCUCACUGUGGUAGUGAAGAAGAAAUUCUCUGCCAGCCGCUUCUGGGAUGACUGCAUUAAGUACAACUGUACUGUGGUGCAGUAUAUCGGGGAAAUCUGCCGGUACCUACUGUCUCAGCCAGUCCGACCAGCGGAGAAGAGCCACAAAGUUCGUCUGGCAGUAGGGAAUGGAUUGCGGCCCAGUGUGUGGGAAGCCUUCGUGGAGCGAUUUGGCGUGGCGCAGAUUGGCGAGUUCUAUGGAGCAACUGAGUGCAACUGCAGCAUUGCUAACAUGGAUGGAAAGGUGGGUGCCUGUGGAUUCAACAGCCGUAUUAUCCCCACCGUAUACCCCAUUCGCCUGGUGAAGGUGAAUGAAGACACAAUGGAACUUAUUCGGGACAGUCAGGGCCUCUGUGUGCCUUGUCGCCCUGGGGAACCAGGUCUUCUGGUAGGUAAGAUCAAUCAGAAGGAUCCAUUACGGCGGUUUGAUGGCUAUGCUAACCAGGAUGCUACAAAGAAGAAGAUCGCUCAAAAUGUCUUCAAGAAAAAUGAUUUAGCAUAUUUAUCAGGCGACGUACUAGUGAUGGAUGAACUUGGCUACAUGUACUUCCGUGACCGCAGUGGGGACACUUACCGAUGGCGAGGAGAAAACGUCUCUACGACGGAGGUGGAGGGUAUACUUAGCAAUCUUCUGGAUCAAACUGAUGUGGCUGUGUACGGUGUGGCAGUGCCAGGUGUGGAAGGUAAGGCAGGCAUGGCUGCCAUUGCAGAUGCUACGGGGAGUUUUGACUGCAACAGUUUCUUGCCAAGUAUUCAGCGAUUGCUUCCUUCCUACGCGUGCCCCAUGUUCCUGCGAAUCUCCCCACAAGUUGACACCACAGGUACAUUUAAAAUCCAGAAAACCAGGCUGCAGAAAGAAGGUUUUGACCCACGUCUCACAACUGACCAGAUCUACAUUUUGAACAAUAGAUCUGCACGAUACGAGGCCGUGAACGAGGAGCUCUACAACACUAUAAUAGAGGGAAGAAUGUCUUUAUGAUGUGGGAAGCAUAUAGGAAACCACCAGUGCCUCAGUUAAACAGGUUCUG